AUGCCCAGCAAUCCUACUGAGUUCGCUAUUCCUGUGACAUCCGAGGAUACUACUAGUGAGAAGAAGGACAACUUGAAGCAGGAGGGCUCGUCUAAGCUUAGCAAAGACAAGAAGAAAGAUGAGGAGACCGAAGGGGAGGAAUUAUCUGAAGAACUUGAAGACCAGCAGCUCAAGGAUGAGCUUGAAAUGCUAGCAGAGCGGCGGCUGAAGGAAUCUAAUGCUGACCUCUAUAAACCGGCGCUGGAAACUCUUAGGACUCUCAUCCGCACAUCCACCUCCUCGAUGACUUCUGUUCCGAAACCACUCAAGUUUCUGCACCCGUUGUACCCCGGCCUUCAAACGCUCUACGAAAUGUGGGAGCCAUCCGAAAACAAGUCUUUAUUCGCAGACAUCUUAUCGGUCUUAGCUAUGACUUGUUCAGACACCCAACCGCGAGGCACUCUUCGCUAUCGUUUACUGGCAGCAGAAAUGCGGCCAGCAGGCUCACCGCUUUCCGACCCUGGAUCAUGGGGGCACGAAUACAUUCGACAUCUUGCUGCUGAACUGGGUGACGGUUACAACAUUCGUGAACAAGAAGAUAACAAAGUCGAACCAGUCAAGGGCUCAUUGCCAGUGCCCAAAGUUCCUGGCACACUUGACGACCUUCGUGCUCUCGCGGAAGAGUGUGCCGCAUUCCUUCUCGACCAUAACGCCGGACCGGACACUAUCGAUCUUCUUCAAGAGUUGGAAAUAGUGGAGGAAUCAAUCCUUCUUGUCGACAAGAAUACAUACACACGCGUUUGCCAAUACCUCAUUAGUUUCGUCAAUUUACUUCCACCUCCGGAUGAUUUCCUUCGAACCGCUCACACGAUCUAUGCGCGACAGAACAAAUUCUCAGAGAGACAACUUGCUUUCAUUCUUGCAAGAGCGCAAAUACUCAUCGAGCGGUUGCCCGCCAACCCGGACGACAACAUCGACAUAGAGGACGGGUUUCCCAAAGACAUUCGAGAACAUCUCAGCAACACGCGCCUUUCUACUCAUCUGCGUGAAUUCGGCAAAGAACUCGGUCUUACAAACGCGAAGAACCUCGAAGAAGUUUACAAGACGCAUCUGGAAAACACAAAGCCAAACGCGCUUGCCAACGUCGAUUCCGCGCGUGGUAAUUUGGCUGGCUCGUUCGUCAACGCAUUCGUCAACGCCGGGUAUGGGAAUGAUAAGCUGAUGGUAGAGGCGGAAGAGGGCAAUUCAUGGGUGUACAAGAACAAGGAGCACGGUGCAUUAUGCAAUCUCCAAGCAUCGCUCUUUCAACUCGUUCCAGGUAUGUUAAGUGCUGCCGCAUCUCUUCAAGUUGGCGUCAGCCUCCGAGUCUUGUGGGACACUGAAGUCGGUUUCUCACAUAUCGAUAAAUACACCUACUCCUCUGAGGAGUACAUCAAAGCUGGUGCACUUUUGGCUACUGGGAUCCUCAGCAGCGGUGUUCGAACUGAAGCUGACGUUGCGAAGGGUUUAAUAGGGGAGUAUGUCGACAACAAGUCUGUUCCUCUCCAAACUAGCGCCACCGUUGGUCUCGGUCUUGCAUAUGCAGGGGCUCAUCGUCAAGACCUGUUGGAGCUAUUGCCUCCACAGAUAUCAGACGAUGUUAGCAUGGAGAUUGCUGGUCUCGCCGCGCUCGCCCUCGGAUUUAUCUUUGUCUCCAGCCAAAACGGCGAAAUUACCGGAACGAUCCUUCAAGUGUUCAAGUUGAUGGAGAAGGCCGAGCAGAACGACGUGUCUCUGGAUGAGAAAUGGGCAUUGGGUUUGGGCCUCUUAUACCUUGGCCUUCAAGACGCAUUGGACACGACCAUCGAAACAUUAAAGGCGAUAGAACACCCAAUCGCCAAGACCGCGCAAGUUACUGUGGAGGGAUGCGCCUUCGCUGGCACGGGGAAUGUGCUGAAAAUCCAAGCCAUGCUGCAGCACUGCGACGAGCAUAUUGUGGAGAAGAAAGAGGAGAAGAAGGAUGACAAGAAAGAGGACGCUGCUGCCACAACAGCACCGGCUGCCGGAACAGCGGCAACAUCGGAGGCGACGCCGAAAGAAGAGAACAAAGAGGAUACGAAGUCCGGAAAGCAAGAUGAUACCUUCCAGAGCUUCGCCAUCCUCGCCGUUUCGCUGAUCUCGAUGGGUGAGGAGAUUGGUGCGGAGAUGGCGCUAAGGCAGUUCCACCACUUGAUGCACUAUGGCGAGCCUGUUAUCCGAAAAGUAGUCCCUCUGGCAAUUGGACUGAACAGUGUUUCAAAUCCUCAACUGCCCAUUCUCGAUACGCUCUCGAAGUACAGCCACAACAACGAUCUCGCCGUUGCACUUAACGCCAUUUUCGCUAUGGGACUCGUCGGGGCAGGGACAAACAACGCGCGUUUAGCGCAAAUGCUUCGUCAAUUGGCGGGCUACUACUACAAAGAGCCAGAUUGUCUCUUCAUGGUCCGUGUCGCUCAGGGCCUGGUGCAUAUGGGCAAGGGGACCAUUGGUCUGAACCCGUUUUACUCUGACCAGAGUAUCAUGAGCCGUCCUGCCGUUGCUGGCUUGUUGGCGGUUCUCACGGCCUUCACGGAUGCAAAGCACUUCAUCCUCGAUAAGUAUCAUUGGAUGCUAUACUUCCUUGUGCCUGCGAUGUAUCCAAGGUUCCUGAUUACCGUCGACGAGGAGCUCAACCCCAAGCCGGUAACUGUUCGGGUUGGACAGGCUCUGGAUGUUGUUGGCUACGCGGGCAAGCCUCGAACGAUAUCUGGUUUCCAAACACACCAGACGCCAGUGAGGUUGGCGACCAAAGAUCGUGCGGAACUGGCAACGGAGGAGUACAUUCCAUUUGCGCCGGUGCUCGAAGUGGCGGCACUGGUGUUGGGGAAAAAGCCUCGCGUCAAAAACGCCCCGAAAGGAGUGUCGGCGUCACGCGGCGGACAACAGCCGCCGCCUCCAGCUCCCAAACCACAAGGUCGUCCAACUCAGAAAUUGACCCCCCAAAAUGCUACGCCAACUGCAAACGUGGCACCGACAGUUGGCAGUGUCAGCCAGCGUGGCUUAAGUGCCGUGCCCCAAAAGCGUACGAGGCCCGGGAGCUCACCUGACGACAACCUAAACAUGAAUACUACUUGCCCACCAACCUCCCAGUUGGAUCCAGUGACAAAACGGCAGCGAUUUUCAACUCUCGAUCGACUCGAGCGCGACUCUCAAACUCUUAGCAACCCAUCAUUUCGGCGUCCGACCACUCGCUUUGCUGGACCGGAAGAUGCAGAGCGUAAUCCCAUGGCCCCUCCGCUUACGGGUCUGGCUGGUGUAAGCUCACUCGCCUCUUCACGCUUGAAACUUAUCCAUCUUAGCGGAAGCGGCAAGCAGAGUUGGACGCCGAAUUUCAAGUUGCGCAACCACAUGUACAGGCCCAACCUGGAGCAUCAGCUCCAAAGUUAUCGCUCUCCACUUUCGUCGAUCUUCCUCCAGCCCAGAGGCCAGCAGCGUCGUAUCAUAGCCCCGCAAUUCGGAGGUCCGGCACCGGCAACUGGUACCGACGACGAGCAGGACGUCGACGAUGCUCAACUGGAGACGAACGACCAUCGUGAUUCUUCUGGCUCCGAUGAAAGCGACACCGAAUACCCUCGACUUCAUGCGACUGGCCCGAUGGGCCUAGGAUUUGAAUCCGAUAAUCCAGGCAACUACGACAAUACGAUGCAGAAUUAUGAGGAUUAUAACCCGCUACGUGGGAUCACGUAUUCCGAUUUGUUCGACCACGACUCGCAAAACAAUCGGCCUUCUAGUACUUCGAACGUGCGCUUGCCAGCAGAAACUGGGUCAACCCCAGACUUUCAAUCGUGGCGAGCGCCCUCGCCACAAUUCACAGAAUUUCCUCAAUCCCAGGCUUCGCCACCAGUUUUUGCAUCUGCGAGGACUACGCUGACGCAUUCGAACUUGGCAAAUUCAUUCCAAAGCGCUAACUUCCCGGCUUCGACCACACCCUACUUUGCUUCAGAUACAUUUCUAGCUCCAUCACAACAACAACAACAACAACCCUCCGAUAUAAACAAAAUCUCAGACUUGCCUCCAACUUCAACGACUUCGUCGCGAGGGCGAACGACCUUCCCACAAGCCCCACAAGUAUAUGUCACUCAAGUCGAUGAAACGAGCGCAGGCCACGGUGUCGACCAUCAACCGCGCGCGACGUUGUAUGGACAGGGACGGCCACCGGGUUCGAAUACCGGAUUACGGCCGCCACAUUCACAAGGAAGCGAUGGGUCUCAAGGCAGCAGCAACUCCACUACUUCCUACCGUCCAGCGUCCGGAUUCGAGGUAAAAUAUCUCAAGUCCGCUUCAAGUAACUGA